AGAAAGUGUCAGCAUUUUACUACACGUACCCCCUGCAUAGCAGGGUACGUGUAAUAACUCAAUGACCCAGAGAGGAAGCGUCAGCAGACCACUGAUAUUUCGUCGAUAAAUUGUCGCGCGAUUUAUAAGGUUUCAGUAUCCAUGUCGAUAAAUUGUCGCGCGAUUUAUAAGGUUUCAGUAUCCAUGUAACAACUCAUUGCCCGCCAAAAAAAUCGGAAUUUAGAUGGAGCACGAAAGGAAACUUUUUAACUUUUCUGAGUACACCGAUAUCUUUAAGCAUGUGAACUCAUUUGGUAGAUAUCAGAAGAAGGUUGCCUACGGUCUUUGUCUAAUAUUUGUUGGCCAAGGACUGAUGUUUGGGCAUUUUAAAUUCGUCGUUGCAACUCCCAAGUUUCAGUGUUCAACUCCUAAUGUAUCGUGUGGAGGUAUCAAUAAAUGUUGUACAAACUGUACAUCUUAUGAAUUCGAUCCUUUGUUCACUACCGUUGUCUCUGAGUGGAUUCUGAUUUGUAAUCGUUCGUAUUUGGCAGCCAUUAUCCAGUCUUUSUUCUUCGUCGGAAUGCUCGUAGGUUCGUUCCUGUCUGGUAUUUUAUCGGAYGCGUUUGGGAGAAAAACUGUUCUUUUUGCAUCACUUGGAUUGAUGUCUAUCAAUGGCGUAUUACAAUCAUUUGUAAAGUCUUCAAUUGGCCUUUUUGCUUUUCUUCGUUUUACAACUGGAGCAUUCAUGAUCAGUGCUACAUUAUCAACAUACAUCCUAGUGUUGGAGAUCAUUGGGCCAGAUCACCGGACUAGAAUGGGGAAUGUUAACCUGAUAUUUUGGUGCACUGGUGAAUUGGCACAGGCCUUUGUGGCCUAUCYUAUAAAAGAUUGGAGGACUUAUGUCUUGGUGUCAAGUGUUCCCCCCUUCUUGCUGUAUUUCUUUUGGUGGUCUAUACCAGAGUCCCCUAGAUGGCUUGUCGUUAAAGGCAAACUUGAACAAGCCCAACAUAUCAUCCUAAAGUACGGUGGAAAAGACAAUAAACCCUGUGAUCCUGAASAGGUGAUGACCAUGCUAARGUCMAUUCACCAGCAUCAAAUUCAACGAAGUUCGAAUGUAAAGAGAUAUACACCAUUAGAUCUUGUCCGUACACCAAAGCUGAGAAAAUGGACCAUCAUCAUUUGCUUUGCAUGGUUUACUACUGCGUCCUUAUAUUUCGCGAUUUCGAUCUACGCAUCUCAGCUCCAUGGCAACAUAUACGUCAUCUGGCUGGUAUACACAGCUAUUAGUUGUGUUCUAAUUCUGCCAACAUGGUUUUCAAUGAACUAUUUGGGACGUCGUAUAACUCAGUGUGUAUUGAUGACCAUGACCGGUACAGCACUGCUGCUAACACUGGCUUUGCCAAAAGGAUAUGCUACCACGACAACCUAUUUAGCUAUAGCUGGGCAGUUAGUGAUAAACCAGAGCUGGAGUACCGUGUACCUCAUACAAGYGGAACUUUUUCCUACAGUAUUGAGAAAUACAGCCCAAGGAGUGGGUUCUACUGCUGCKMRUAUCGGUGGGAUAACCGCUCCAUUCUUUCUCAUGCUGGCUCAACUGCCRGGCUCAAGUAUCAUACUUCCUAUGACAAUAUUUGGUGUUUGUGCCAUUGCGUGCGGGAUUUCAUCUCUAUGGUUACCGGAGACAGCUUUGCGACCUCUCUAUCAGACGACUGUAGAGGCUGAGGAAAAGCCAGAGAAAUAUGGAAUACCAUAUUUACAAAAGAAAGCAAAACGUAUUACGGAGAAUGAAAAUCUAUUAUCUGAAACUUAGGUUCUGUUAAAGUAAUUAAAGUGUGAGUAAAUCAAGUGGUAUACCCCCCAGUGAUGCCCGCCUAUGAACGCUUAAACUAACAAUCAGUCUCUAGGAAAUCCAUUUUCAAUUUACACUGGAACGCUUCUACAGAAACUGCGUUUAAAUGUUUUAGUACGUAUAACAUACAGAUAGUUUUUGUCAACACGUCAGUUUGAUAUGCUAAUUCAAAUUGGCAGUCAUUUGUUGUAGUUACAAUAGUAAAUUCCAGUUUUUUCACGUUAAAAAUGUAGACACACUUUAAUCUAUGUUGCAAACUGACCAUAGCAACCUUAGUACGUUUGCUUCCUUAUAUUAAGAUCGCGAAAGCCGAUUCGAAAUUAAAAUAACGGACGGGCAAGUUGACUGAUAUUUGGAGGACGUACUUUUUCAAGAAAUAUUAAAAUGAAAAAUUCUCUCCUACUAAAAUAUAUUUGUCUUCCGCUGCCAUCGAGACUUGAUUGACAUGUAUGAGUUCAAUAGCAACUGUAUGAUAGCUCAGAAUGAAAUUAUCACUUAUUAGAAGAUCAAAGUUUACACUUCCUGAUGACUUGAAUAACUACUAAAUUGGAUUUCUUAGAAAAUUUAUGAUAUCAGUACUCUGAUAUGCAAUCCCUUGAAGAAAUUUGUUGGACCGUUAUAACGUAUAUCAAUAUUUAGGAUAGCUGAAACUUCGGCGGAAUAUAAAUUUGUCAUCAAACUGCAGAUCAUGUUUAAAAUAAAUAAAUAAAUAAGCUUAAUCUCAAAG